UGGUGUCCCGGUGCCAGGCAGAACUUCGGGGAACUGGAGCCUCCUGUAGGGAUGGAGAAAAGAGCGAGCUGCUGCAGGGUAAACAUGGAGUAGACAGAGUUGGAUUUCAUCAAGAUUAGUGGCUUUGCAAGAUGAUGAUUCAUGGUGAUGGCUUGCAGGGUCAUAAACAAAAGAAGGCACAUGGGACUUCAACAGCUUUCAUCGUUUGCAGAAACAGGAAGAACUUUCCUAGGCCCAGUAAAAUCAUCCAAAUUUAUUAUAGAUGAAGAGUGUCAUGAAACUGUGUUAAUCAGUUCAACAGUAAGGCUUCUUGAAAGUUUGGAUUUAACCAGUGCAGUGGGACAACUUCUCAAUGAAGCAGUUCAAGCACAAAAUAACACAUACAGAACUGGAACCAGUACUCUUUUGUUUCUUGUUGGUGCAUGGAGCAGUGCUGCUGAAGAAUGUCUUCAUUUGGGUGUCCCCAUUUCAUUAAUAGUGUCUGUAAUGUCAGAAGGCUUGAAUUCAUGCAUUGAAGAGGUAGUUUCCCUUCAAGUACCUGUCCACAAUGUAUUUGACCGUAUGGUUAACACAAAGACAUUUUCUGGACCCGAAACAUUUAGUGUCAGCGUAUACCCUUUUCUCCAAAUCCCUUCAGGUACUGGUUUGAUACAGAAAGAGCGUGAUCUCAAAGAUGUUGCCGCUCAGUCAUUGGCCAUUUACAGUCUUUCUGGGAGACCUGUUAAAUCACCUCAACUCUUAAGGUCUCAGGCUAAGGUUGAAGCAGAUGAAAACACAUCACAAACUCCUCAAACUCUGAAAAACAGUCCACUUGCAGACACCCGCUGCAGAAAGUCAGUACUAACCCACAGUAGACAUUUUAGUAGGACAGGUAAUAAUCAAUGGAUAAGCAAACCAGAUGGAGUUCUAGAACAACUUAGUGCAGCUACUCCCAAGACUUAUAGAUGUGAUGAUUUGGUGGAAUUGGAGGUGGGUUUGAGUCACGGAGGUCACAGCAGCAUGAAGUUAGUAGAUGAAGCAGUACGGCUACAAUAUCAGAACGCAGGUAUGCAACAAGGCAGCUGUACAGUGCCAUUUCUUUUUGACAUUUCAAGAAUCUUCACUUGCUGCUUACCGGGUUUACCUGAAACUUUUUCUUGUGUCUGUCCAGGAUAUAUCACUGUUGUAUCAAUACCUAGUACUACUCUGAUCAAGGAAUUGCAGAAUCAGCCUAUCCGGGUAGUUCUUGUUGAAGGUGAUCUCACAGAGAAUUAUCGCCACCUGGGAUUUAAUAAGUCUGCAAGUAUUAAAACAGUAUCAGAAAGCUUGAAGCUUCAACAAGAUGGCUCAGAAGAACUGUGGACAGAUCAUGUGUUACAGGUAUUAAUCAAGUUCAAUGUGAACCUUGUCCUGGCACAAGGAAAUGUGUCUGAACGCUUAAUUGAAAAAUGCACAGACAACAAGAGGUUGGUAAUUGGAUCAGUGAAUGGCAAUGUAAUGCAGGCUUUUGCAGAGGCUUCAGGAGCAGUGCAGGUGGCCUACAUUACACAAGUAAAUGAAAACUGUGUGGGCAAUGGUGUCUGUGUGACCAUCUGGAGAAGCAUUCCCUUCGAUGCUGUAGAUCGGAUCAACAGAAUGGCAAUCGUGUUAAACACAGAAGGAAUUAAUUUGGUGACAGUAGUGCUGACUAGUCCAGUCACUGCCCAGAUGCAAACCAAAGAAGAUACCUUCUGGACUUGUGCCUAUCGUCUGUAUCAUGCUCUAAAAGAGCAAAAGGUCUUCCUUGGAGGUGGCGCAGUUGAAUUGUUGUGUCUUAGCCAUCUUCAGAUUCUUGCGGAGCAGUCUGUGAAUAAAGGAAACCAAGGCUGUUCAGGGUGGCUUCAUAAUACUUCCUCUUGGCUGGCCUCAUCUGUGACACAGUACAGACCGACCGUGCUUAAAUGCCUGGCAAAUGGAUGGCACAGAUACCUUUCAACUCUCCUGUAUAACACUGCCAGUUACCCAUCAGAAUUUGAAGCCGGCACAUUCAUUCAGCAUCAUCUACAAAAUGCUGCAGACUCUGGCUCUCCUUCAUCUUACGUCUUGAAUGAAUAUAGUAAACUAAAUAGUGGGAUUUUAAAUUCAGACAUUUCAGAUAAACUGGAACAGAUUCCAAGAGUUUAUGACAUUGUUACACCAAAGAUUGAGGCAUGGCGCCGAGCUUUGGACUUAGUACUGUUAGUUCUUCAGACAGACAGUGAAAUUAUCACUGGACUUGGACACACGCAGAUAAAUUCGCAGGAAUCAGAGGGCAUUUUAUUUUUGUAGUGUUAUUGGCUAAGUCUUUGGAAAAUAA